UGGUGGCUGGUUGGGGGUGUGGCGGUGGGGGGUGUCAGCGACCGUUCCCGCGUUGCGCCUUGCUCUGCCUCCCACACAAUGCGCCCGCUCCCGUCGUCCGUGGCGUCCCGCCUGGCCGCCGUGCUCGCGGACCCGGCCGGCGUCCCGCUGCCCAUCUUCAACUCCCUCCUCUCCGCGCUCGCCGCCUCCGCGGACCCCUCGCACGCGCACCUCCCGCUCCACCUCUUCCGCCGCCGCCUCCUCCCGCGCCGCCUCCCCGACGCAUUCACCCUCUCCGCCCUCACCUCCUCCCUCCCCUCCGCCGCCUCCGCGGCAGCCGACGCCCUCCACGCCCUCGCGCUCCGCCUCGGCCUCCUCCACGCCGACCCCGUCCUCGCCAACUCCCUCCUCCGUCUCUACCUCCGCCCGCCCAACCCCCGCCCGGGCCUCGCGCGCCGCCUGUUCGACGAAAUGCCCGCGCGCACCGCGUCCUCCUACAACACCCUCAUCUCGCACUCGCACUCGCCUGGCGCCGCGGUUGAGGGCGUGUGGGGCCUCGUCCGCCGGAUGGUCGCGGAUGGGUGCGCGCCCGACCGGUUCACGGUCUCUGCCGUGCUGCCCACGUGCGUGUCCACGCGCCUGGGCAGGGAGCUGCAUUGCUACGCCGUGAGGUCUGGGAUGUGCGGGGCGGACGAUUUCCAUGUCAGCAGCGGCCUCGUGUCCAUGUACUGCAGGGUUGGCAACCCGGAACUUGCACACGCAGUUCUCGACGGGAUGGAGCAGAGGAACGUUGUUUCCUGGACCGCCAUGGUGGGAGGGUACACGGAGAAUGAAAUGUUUGAGGGUGCCGUGGAUGCUUUCCGUGCAAUGUGGCUGAUCGAUGGCAUCCUACCAAAUACAAUCGCAUUGAUUAGCGUGCUGUCGGCUGUUGAGGCCCUCUCGGCCUUAGCAGAGGGGAAGCAGGUGCAUUGUUUCGCGGUCAGGAUGGCAAUGUAUGGGGAGGUGUCACUGAGGAAUGCUUUGAUUGAUACCUACGCAAAGUGUGGGGCCUUGCAUUAUGCAAGGCGGGUCUUUGAUGGUACCAGCUGGUGCAAAGAUGUCAUCUCAUGGGGUGCAAUGAUUUUGGGUUAUGGCAUUCAUGGUAUGGGUGUGGAAGCAGUUGCUUUGUUCGACCAGAUGCUUGCCUCUGGGGUUAAACCUGACAAGAUAGUUGGCCUGGGUGUUCUUUCAGCUUGUUGCCGUGCGAGAUUGGUGCUGAAGGGCCUUGAUAUAUACAACUCCCUGGUAAAGGAUCAUGGGGUUCAGCCCACUGAGGAGAUGUGUUCGUGCGUUGUUGAUUUACUUGGUCGAUCUGGGCAUGUUGACCAUGCCUUGGAUUUUAUAAAGUCAAUGAGUGUAGAACCAGGCCCUAGUGUCUGGGGAGCACUUUUGGAUGCCUCUGUAACACACAGCAACAAAGAAAUUCAAGAUUUGGCCUCAAAAUCUCUUCUUAGAUUGGGAGAAGGGAAACCAUCAAAUCUUGUUGCAGUUUCUAACAUAGAUGCCUCUUUAGAAAGGUGGAAUGUUGUUGAACGAGUAAGGAAUACAAUUAAUCAGGGGCCAUUGAAGAAGAAAACUGGUCGUAGUUGGGUAAAUCCAACAUAGGUCAACAAUGCUUUUCUGAGUGACUUGAGGAUGGCCUUUCAACACUUCUGAUCUCAAGUGUACAUUUUAGUUGGCUGCGCCCUGGAAGGGAUUGCAUCAGAUCACACACAUUACUGGAACAGGGUGUGUUGAAGCUACAACAACAGAGCUGCAGUACUUGUAUAUUCGAUGACACAUCUACUGUUUGAGCCUAUAAACAACAAAAGUGCCUUCUAUGAUGUCGAAGUUGUCCAGAAUAUCCACUCUUUCUAUGUUCUUAAGGCCAGUAAACAAUCUCCUGACUCCUGACUGGCUGACACCUGUAUCUCAGUUUUAUAUACUGAUGUUUGACAUGGCUUGCUGCAUUCUUCCACAAGUAUGGGAUAUGGCUGAAAUUUGUUGCUUAGCCGAACUAACAAUGAUUGGAUGAUGCUUGCAAGAGAUCUUGGUAAUGGAUUCAUAAUAGUCAAUCAUAUCAUAAAUGCCUGUGUGGCCUUGUCAGCUCCAACCUACUACUAGAACUUUUGACUUUGCCUGGAUAACAAUUAUUUGGCUGGUGCAUAAAUCUGAUUCAAGCUUUGCUUGGCUGUGAAUCUGCAUGUCUAGGCUGGACCUGACGUAAAUUAGGAUAAUUGGAGACCAGAUUGAAUGUAACCAUAAAGGAACUGCAAGAGGGCAAAAAAUCCGAUGCUUAUAUCAUGUUCUUUUACUACCAGCAUCUGCAUAGGUGUCACUAAAAGCAUGUGAAUCGUUUCCUCAAAGCGAAGGGAUGUUUGAUGAACAGGACAGAUCAUGGAAGUGGAAAUAAGAAGUCAGAUCACCAUGUUUUUUAUCUAGGAUCGUAUCUCUUCUGCCUCCAAUACAAUGCCCGUGCCUGGCGUAAAGAGUUGAUCUUUGCUCUGAUUCUGUCCAUCAACAGCUUCACCAUCUGGAUCCAUCAGCCAUUUCCUUAUUCGAUGACCAGGCUUGUUCACUUUCAGAGGUGACAGCAGGUUUGGUCCUGUGACCCUUUCCAGAAUAUCAUGACUCACUGGAUUGAGAUCUCACGGUGAUGGCGAGGACUGCCCCCUCCACUCCCAUGUUGUUGGUUAGGUCUUCGCGAUCACAUGCGUGCAGAGGCGUGUCAUCUCAGACUUAAGCAAGCCCCCCUGACUGGAACGGCUCGGGGCGCUGUAGCCUUUCGUCCGGGGGGAUCGUUGUUGUUGGUGCCGCGUCAUAAUUGUUCCCCGGUCUCAGCAUGCUCUGUGCAGGGCUGCUAUAUCCCUUUUGUAGGCGGGUUCCCCCAUCUUAAAAGAUGGCGGCAUGCUAAUAGCAUGAUGAUUAGCCAUUAAUGCGUGAUUGGAAAGCUCCAACCGCACACCGCGCAUAACUCUCCGGGGCGCAUUGUGUUAUCCGCUGGUAACUCUUCAGAUUGGAGCUGCAGGAAGAUCACUAUCCUCACAUGCGCAUCGCACUGCAUCAGUCUAUCUGGUGGUAACAGCACAUCCGUCCGUCCAUCCUCGCCAUGUGGUGGACGCCUGGUCUCGCCCGUUGCUCUCGGCGAAGUAAUUGCGAUGUGGGACUUGACAGGGUACUGAUAACCAGCCAAUCAUGGACUCGUUGUACCCUCGCCCCAUUAAGCGGCCCGGCCUCCCGCCCAUGAAGAUCUCACGUGGAUGGGAUCCACUGUCACUGUUGGAUCCCAAGGCAGAGCAGGUGGAGGGCGGCUCGCCGUGGGAGGAGAGGAGGGCGAUCGCGUCGCGCCAUGUCGGAUGGCGGGGCCAUGUGGCGGUCACAUGGAGCGAGCCGGCUGGCGCGCGCGUCGGCGGCGUCGCCCUGGCGGUGGCGGCGACCGCGGUGAUUCCGAAUUUAUUGCGGCGACCGGACGGAUCGGGGUUCGGGGCCGUCGCUGUCACGGCCAGCGAGAUGGGUCGCCGCGCUGGCCGGAUACGGGGUGGGACUCCGGACAUCGUCCCUGCUCCGCCCCUGGUGGCACGGCCGUGGGAUGGCGCCGGCCGGGCUCCGCGCCUCCGCCCGCCAUCAUUACCGCUGUCCGUACGCGUUUGGCAGCAGCCACACCCGUAUCCGGUAUCCGUAUGGGUGGCUACAGCAUGUCUGUACCAUACGCGCGCCAAGGUUGCCCCAUCGAUCCCUCCGAUCCAAUUGUUCGAGGAACGGCGACGGGUCGGCGUCGAUCGCGAGGUGGCUGGUAACAUUCUGCUGACUGCGCCAGGUGCCGGAGAACAUGUAGGCCUCGGGGCAACAGUCCUAGUACACGCAUGAUUGGUGGACGGGCCAUGGGGUGACAAGUGACAAUGCGGGACAACAGGUAAGAAGGGAAGGAGUGAAGGGCGCACAGCGGCGGCGGCCGUGCAUGAACGUAACCGGCCUCCGCCCGGAUCAGUGAAAAGGAAUGUCCCGGAGAAUCUCCGGGCGCCGGCGCUGUUGGGGCACCUGCGACGCUCGCGUUCCAAUAGUUACCUGACAGUGGUCCAGCCCUUUCUUCCUCUUGACCUCUGUUGUUGGAGGAGGCCAGGAGGGUGAGGUGAUCGCUGAUCGGUACGCACUCUCAUCUUUGGUCUUGGACCACAUGGGGAUGGGCUGGCUAUGUUUGGCACAGUGAAAGUCGGAUGCCGCUACCCCAGGCCAUGGAUCUUGCCUUGUACUACUUCCCAGCAGCAGCUAGCGCGCGCGCACGGCAGCAUAGGAUCCACGCGCGCACAGUGCCCACUCGUCGGUCGCUGGAAGGAGAUUUAAUUCGGAAGAUGUACGUACGUGAGGCGCCGGAUGCGAGAGACGAGGUAUGCCAUGGAUCUGCCUAGCAGCAGCAUCAACUGUUCGUAGCGUAUCCAGUCCUCUCCGUGUGUACGGACACUCGCACGUGACGCUCGGAGUCCGAGCACAGUACGCGCCGCUGGCAGCCUUGUCGUGACAGUGGGUGAGGAACCUUCUGCGGCUGCUGGCAGGCAGGAGGCUUCCGGCGGGGUGCUGCCCUGUGUGCGUAGCUCCUCUCCUCCAUCCAGCCUCAGCGUCAUACGGAGAGCACACACAUGGUGUCUCUUGGUGAAGAAACCUCUCUUCCCGUGGCGGUUUGACGGCGAAGCAGUACCGCUUGCCCACCGUGCAUUGUACCUGUGCCCGUCGCGGCGUAGAGAUGGCGCGGUCGGCAUAGGCCGCGUCGCCGGAGCUCCGCUCGCCGGAUUGAAUGGCCACAGCUAAGGCGUUGAUGUCCCGGAAAGCGACGGUAGAAUCGGCGAUCCUUCCCGUGGCCGCGGACAGCGACCCGCCAAGGAGAUGGGAGCGGGGGCGCCGCACGCCUUCCCUCUCCGGAGAGAUCGUUUUCCGCCCGGUGGGCGUCUACUGCCAUAACGCCGCUGAUAGGGAGCACGGUGUGGGGUGGUCUCAUCUUGCUCCGGUGCUCAGGCUUGUGCGGAUUCAGUUCUCAGCACACGUUUGCUGGGCAGCGCGGCGUACCCGAACGGGGUGUGCUUAGGAAACCGUUGCGACUGUUCGCCACACAAGCGUAGAAAUCGGAAAAACAAAGGCUUUUCCUUGAAGAAACACCCUCUUGGCUGUCCAAUGCUAGGGCGAAGGUGUGGUGGGAAGAUGUGUUAUGAAAGGUGCUGCCCGAGCAAGCCGAAGUUAGCUAAUUUGGAGCUAAAAAGUUAGUUGGUUCGGAAAAGAUUGACACAUCUACACGUUUCAAAUUUAGUUACGUUUCAAAUCUAUACGUUUUUUUGAGAAACCUCUUUCGAAACUUGUCAAGGAGUGGGACUACUGUCACAUAUGAGACCCGGUGCUCUCUAAACGAUUUCCCACCAUAAACGGCGACUAGUGUCGAAACUAGUGUAAAUUGGUAGGCUUU